AUGUCGCCCGGCCCAGCGUCUCCGAUUCUUUCGCCCCUCGAAGCUGCCGAAGAUCCUGCCACGAGCCCCGACCUCGUCCACUCGCUAUCCCACGCAAGCACCGUUCUCGCUCUCGCCGUUAGUCCACAGCACGAAACCAUCUACGCCGGUACACAAGACGGUGAAAUAGUAGCAUGGUCUCUUGAAACAUUCCGACAAGUCCGCCGUGUCCAAGCGCACAAGAGAAGCAUUCUCUCCCUUUCGCUAUCGCCUGAUGCCUCACUUUUGUUCUCAAGCGCUGGAGAUCCCAUCAUCAACGUCUGGGACCCCAAGACCUUAACUCGACUCUACGAGAUUUACGGCUCCUACGACGUGGGCGACAUAUUCUGCACAGCGUAUAGCCCUCAACAUGAGACACUAUAUAUCGGUGCGCAAAACGCAACUAUCCAAUGGGUUGGCCUCAACGACGUUACCGCCCGCGUGUCCCCCGAAUCCCAACAGCACCCCGACCGCCGAAAUCACCGCUUCUUCGACUCCAAGGCCGUCGGUGGCGGCGCCAGUACACCCCGACGCAACGACGAUCGAUGGGGAUUGAUUCCCAAAGCCCAUAAUGUCCUCGAGAUGCACGCCGGCUGCGUCAAGAACUUUGCGCACUACGGCUACGUAUACUGCAUGCUCAUGGCCAAGGGUCCGACAGUUGAUGUCGGUACCGAUGAUGACGUUUUGAUCUCUGGUGCGGGUGAUGGUACAAUCAAGCUUUGGAGUCUGGGACAUACGGUUGAGGACAAUGAGGAGCUUGGCGGUGGUAUACAAGAAAUCAUGACAUUGGGUGUCGAUGAUGGUGAGUCUGUUCUGUCAAUGGCACUUGACAGCUCGUUCUUGUACGCCGGCAAGCUCGAUGGCAUUGUUGAGCUAUGGGAUCUGGAUACGGCGCAGCGAUUGAGAGUCAUCAAGGCGCACGACUGUGAUAUCAUGUCAAUCCAAAUGGGCUGGGGAUAUUUGUGGACUGCCGCUACUAAUGGUUGGGCUAGCAAAUACAGCACAACCCACUACGGAAAAUACCAACAUGCCGCGUCCGGUGCUGUUCCCCAGAAAUACCAGUGUCUCCUUCGAUGGGAAGCUCACCAGGGCAAAGUACUUGCAUCAGCUGUGACCAACUACAAGAACAAGCAGUACUUCAUCACGGGCGCCAACGACGACAACAUCUCUGUCUGGUCCAUUGAUACCGAAAAGUGCGGCACCAAAGAGAAGGAAGUUUCGCAGGAUUCAGAUAACCUUCUUCUAUCGUCGCUACGAGAUUUCGUAUCAUACAAGACUGUCUCUUCUCGACCCGAGUUUGCGGAGGAUUGCCGCAAGGGAGCUACAUACCUCGGUGCGCUGUUCAAGCGGCUAGGUGGACAUGUUGAGUUGCUUAGCACUGAGAAGCAUCACAACCCAGUCGUCUACGCUCGGUUUUCUGCCAAGAAGGAGGCUGCUGAAACCCGCAAACGAAUUCUCUUUUAUGGUCACUACGAUGUUGUCGCCGCUGAUAGCCGCAAGGGAAAAUGGGAGACAGAUCCAUUCACCAUGCAGGGAACCAACGGCUACUUGUACGGCCGUGGAGUCAGCGACAACAAGGGUCCUAUCAUCGCUGCCUUGUAUGCAGUGACUGAUCUGAUGGAGAACCAGCAGUUGGAGAACGAUGUUGUCUUUCUGAUUGAAGGCGAGGAAGAGUUUGGAUCGCUCGGGUUUGAAGAGGCUGUCAAGAAGAACAAGGAGCUCAUCGGUGAGGUGGAUUACAUCCUGCUCGCCAACAGUUAUUGGCUUGACGACGAAGUUCCAUGCCUUACGUAUGGUCUUCGUGGUGUGUUGCACACAACCGUCUGCGUUGAUGCGCCUCGUCCAGACAUCCACUCGGGUGUGGAUGGUUCCUACAUGAUGAAUGAGCCUCUUUCCGACCUGACACAAAUCCUUGGUAAACUCAAGGGGCCUGGCAACCAAGUGCAGAUUCCUGGCUUCUACGAUGGGAUCCUCCCCGUUACACCAGAAGAAGACGCCCGGUAUGAUGAUAUCGCCAGGAUUCUGAUCCGCAGCAAUCCCGAAAAGGGUCCUGAGGAGAGGCUGAAGCAGUCGCUUAUGGCGCGCUGGCGUGAACCCAAUCUUACGCUCCACAGAUACAAGGUUUCGGGUCCUGACGGGAGUCUUGUCAGCAGUCAUGCCAGCUCUCAUAUCAGUUUACGAGUAGUACCAGGCCAGGAGGUGGACGUUGUGAUUGAAGCGCUGACGAAAUUCCUCGAGGAAGAGUUUUCGCAGCUCGAGUCGCAGAACAAACUCACCAUCAACGUGGACAACAGAGCGGAGCCGUGGCUUGGUGAUCCCACCAACGCCAUCUUCCAAACACUGGAAAAGGCCAUCCUGGAAACGUGGGAGGACUGCUUUGAGACGUCUGCUUCGUCUGGAGACGCCACACCCGAUGAAAAAACCAACGGCGCAGACAAGUCAAAGGAGGAAGAGAUCCUUUCUGUCAAGACCAAGAUGGGUAAGCCGCGCAAGCCGCUUUAUAUCCGCGAGGGUGGAUCCAUCCCUGCGAUUCGAUUUCUAGAGAAGGAAUUCGGAGCACCAGCAGCUCAUCUUCCUUGUGGGCAGUCUAGUGAUUCUGCUCAUUUGGAUAAUGAGAGGUUAUGUUUGCUGAAUCUUUUGAAGGCGAGGGAGAUUUUUGCCAAGGUGUUUGGACGGUUGUGA